AUGUCCAGCAAGGAUGAGGACACCAAGUCUACGGUACCUAAAUUUGCAUCUUUUAAGCCAAAAUCCGAGACUUCCGACUUGAAGGCACCCAAAUUUUCUUCUUUCAAACCAAAAGGCCAGGAUAAGGAUAAGGACACGCCCACAAGCUCUAGCGCUAAGGACGAGGGGCGAGAGCGAGAACGCGAGCGAGAUUCCAGGAGGAAACGAAGUCAUCACCAUUCUGAUUCACAUCACGACCAUCACCGGUCAAAAAAGCAUCGCACAGACUCUCACGACCGACAUCGUGAGAAAUCGCGAACUGGUCAUUUUGAAGCACUUGAGCACCGCCCGCUUACCAAAGUUACACGCAGCAGUGACGAUGCAUCGCGUCUGUACACCAUUGACACCAAAGGUGAUCCCUUAAUCAUUCGCUACGGAGGUCUUGACCGUUCUCAGGUUCCUGUUUACUAUCGUGAUGGAUAUGGAAAGGUCCUGGGCACACGGGGUCGUCUUGUGAUUCACCGCGAUGGACCAAGAGAUCAGUUCAGUCUACGUAUGCCUGGUGAAGGUUCAUAUGCCUUGAAAGAUAGGGAUGGUCUGCGCUCCAGAAACUGGCGUGUAAGACCUACACCGUUGAGAGUCAGGAAGCAAGAGAAUGAUGGUCAAGGUGAAGAAGACGGAGACUUUUUGGCACUAAGCUCAUCUAAGAAGCGCAAACAAUUGCAUCAAGCCUCUGAUUCUUCAGAAGAUGAGGAACAGCCGACUUAUCGAUCCAUAGAGGGAAAAGCGAAACCACGUCGAUACGAUGACAGCGACUUGGAAUCCGAGUCAGAUGCGGCUGCAGACGAUAUUAAUCUCGAUCAGAAUAAUCCUCUGAAGUGGAAGUCAAUUCAGCUCUCGAGACGUGCCAAAGACCAGCCAGAUGAUAUAGAUGCAUGGCUCGAGCUGGCAAACCACCAAGAUGCUCUCUUGAGAGCAGGCGAGGAUGUUGAUCACAAGGCACUUGAGGCUGAGGUGCACAGUAUUGCGGAGAUCAAGCUGCACAUGCUUGAAUCAGCCUUGUCUAAUGUAUCAAAUCACCAAGAUCGCAUUCGGGUGCUGAUUCCUCUCAUGCGGGAAGGUAUGAAAGUGUGGAAUAGCAAAGUCGCCGCCAAGAAGUGGCUUGAUUUGCGUGAGGAUGAGGAUAAGAGCUUCACUCUGUGGAAGACGCAUCUUGAUUUUGCCAUGUCUAACAUUUCUGCUUUCCAUUUUGACACCCUCAAGCAAAUGCACCUGGAUAGAAUACGACAUGUUAUGUCUCGAUCACAAGUGAGCAUUGAGCCCGAAGACUUGAAGGAAGCUAUCUAUGUCUUUCUGAGACUUACCAGGUUCAUCCAUGACUCUGGUUAUAAGGAGCUUGCAGUCGCAGCUUGGCAGGCUUUUCUGGAGCUCAACUUCUUCCGACCCACGCAACUGGAUGACCAGAGUGCCGCCUUCGAAUCACUUCGUGACUUCUGGGAGAGCGAAGUCCCGAGGAUAGGAGAAGCAGACGCUCAAGGUUGGGCGAAAUUUGUAGCAGAUGGUGGAGUAGGCGAUGCUCCCGAACCACUACAAGAUAUCAAAGGGCCCGAAUACCAGUCCCGAGAUGACUACAAACGAUGGGCAACCCUAGAGAGCUCACAAGCUGAUAAGGCUCGAAUUCCGGCUAGAACCAUGGAUGAAGGAACAGAAGACGACCCAUUUAGAGUGGUGAUGUUCUCUGACAUCGAGCCUCUUCUCUUUUUCGUUCCAAAAAGUAUCCUGCCUGCUGUGCAGGAGCAAGUGCUGGACGCAUUUCUGAUAUUCCAGGGAUCCCCCCCAACAUUCUGGUCUGACCACUGGACCGAUGAGGCGUACCAUGAUCAGUUCCUUGCAGUUUUCACAUUACACAUGGAGUCGAGUGCUCCCACGCGAUUAUCGGGAGACGAGGAUCCGACUGAGAUCCAGAGGAAGCCCCCUUCUUUCCGCCAGAACCCUCUUUGCGUCUCGGAAACGCUCGACGUCCUUUUUCCUCAGUCAGAAUGGUUCUCCUAUCUACCCUUAAGGAAUAGAAAGAAUGACGUUGAACUUGGAUUUAUGGUCAACGCAACGAAGCAACUGGUUCACAAUGCCAACUUUGGGGGUUUAGCCACAUACCAUUUGGCGUUGUCUCAGGUUCAAGAUGGCUCUAGCAAGAAAGCGGCAAAGACUUUACUAAAGCGCUAUCCGACUAACCUUGGUCUUUACCGAGCAUACGCUAUUGCUGAGUAUGCAAAUGAAAAUCACGAAGUUGCAUCCAAGGUCGUAUCAUCAGCAACUGAGCUCGCGUCGAAGUCACCAUCAGCAGAUGUGUUUGCUCUUUGGAGAACUUGGUCGUGGAUGGAACUUCAGGGGGGUGAUAAACAGCUAGCAGUUCGAAGAUUAUGCUCUUCUGUAGACGAUGCUCUUCGAAGGUCGGCUGAAACUCCUGAAGUAUCAUCAACACAUAUUCUCAAAGCCCACCGAACUUUCUCGUCUCUAACGAGUGACUUUAUUUCUGGCGCGAACCUCGAGGAUGCGAGUACUCUUACCGAGUGCUUAGUCCUGUUGUCGUACUUGACUUCUGAGAGCUGCACAGAACCAAUGUCGGCAUCACAAGGAAGUAUUUCGGCUGCGAUAGAGACGGUGCACCGAAUGUCUCUCGAGUUCAAGUCUCGAGGCUACCAAGCAUCUCGCGCUCAUGAGCGAUUAUUGCAGUUUGCGUCGGGGCUAUUAUACUUGCACGCAACCCGAGGACCUUUCCGUCGUGCAUAUCUGCUUGAGCAGCUGAAACAGUUCCUGGUGUACUUCCCGAGGAACACCAUAUUCUUGUCACUUUUCGAAUGGGCCGACUCCAGUCUUCGCGUCAUCGACGAAACAAGAACGCUUCUGCAUGAAACAGCCUUGACUCCAGCUCAAGAUUGCCUGAGCAGUCGAAUUUUCGCCGUCCAUCACGAAAUCGAACGGGGAAACGUCAACACAACGAAAGCAGCUUUCGAGCACGCCGUAUCGAGCGACACUUGCAAGUUCAACACAUUUUUAUGGAUACAUUUUAUCAGAUUCUGCAGCUCACAUAGAGAGUUACGACCAAAAGCUAAGGAUAUAUUGUUCAGGGCCUUGAGGCAUUGCCCCUGGUCUAAGGAUGUCAUGAUGGAGGCUUUCCUCACUUUGAAUAGAGAGAUGGAUUCUUCGGAACUGAAGGGUAUCUUUGAGACCAUGACUUCGAAAGGUCUAAGAAUUCAUGUUGAUCUGGAGGAGUUCUUGGAUAAGAAGAAGAACGAGAGGCGAGGAGAAAAGAGCAAGCGGCUCACAAAUGAUAAGUAA